CUUGCUCAGCCACCAGCUAAGCCCGGCAUCUCCGCGGCCCAGGGACAGAGCUGCAAACCCACCCCCAGCCCUGUGCUGCCCCAGCCUAGGUGGAUCUGUCGCGGCUCCGACACCAGCCCCCGCUCUCUCCAGAGCCAUGGACGUUCGUCUUGUCUUGUGCCUCCUCUGGGCUCUCCUAGCUACGGCCAGCGCACGUCCUUCCAGCUGUUACCACAGACUCCCCGGGGAAAGCAGCCAAGGAGAGAGGACAUGCAGGUUUUGGGAAGAUUCUUGCAUCGCUGCUCAGGAAGUGAACACCGUCGGGGGCGUGGUGCAGAGGGGCGUCUUCCAGUCGUGCACCAACAGCCGGUUCAGCCUGGAGGGCGACCUGGACUUUGAGUUUGCGGAAGGCGUCUACGUGAGGGUCCACUCCGAGAUCUGCAGAGAGACCAACUGCAACACGGGGGAGAUAAAGGAACGCUCCAGACUCAGCCUGAAGCCCAACGGGAGACAGUGCCCCUCGUGCUAUGUCCUGGGAUCCCACCGCUGCCUCCAGAACGACGUCCUGCACUGCCAGGGGGCCGCCAACCAGUGCGUCGACGUCGUGGGGACGGCAUCAGAGAACGACGUCGAAAUCCCUUUCGCAGGAAGAGGAUGCGCCACCAAGGAUGUGGCCAAGAUCAAAGCCGGGAUGGGCCUGGUGUCGGGUUUAUACAUCUAUCAAAUCAAGAGCAUCCAGUUAAGCCCGGCCCCCAGGGUGGAGAACGUGGACGGCUUCUGACACCCUGCUGAUCUCCAUCCCACUGGCGCACCCCCGCUUUGAGCUAUUCCCUCCCCCCCACUUCCCCAGGCCUGUCCGUGGCCGGCCCCCCAGCUGUGACUCAGUCCCCCCCACCCCGGCAGGGAAUAACAGUGCCGAGCCAUCUUUGUAAAGUGCAUUGAGAACCAUCGGUGCAGGGCCCAAGCCAGCGACCCAUUAUGGGCUUUGCACUGAGCGUGACGGGCUUAAAAACAGGCCUGAGUAUUAGAGACCCAUUAGCAGCUUCUCCCCACAGAGUGCUCUAAGGGGUAGAACCCAGGAGUCCGGGCUCCCAGCCCCUGCCGCUCUAACCCAUCAGCCCCACUCCCCUCGCAGAGCCAGGGAGAGAACCCAGGAUUCCUAGCUCCCAGGCCUCCUGCUCUAACCACUAGUCCCCACUCCCCUGUCGGAUCCAAGAACAGAACCCAGGCAUCCUGCCACCCCUCCACCCUCUGUUCUCACCUUUUCUAUUUCCACACGCUAAUGCAUUGAAUAAAGCUGCAUCAUAAAUCCAAA